AUGGCCUCCCAAGGCACGCCUUUCGUGGCACUCCUGGAGCCGUCCAACCUCGACGGCUACGACCCAAAGCUGCCGCGGUCGGAGCAGCCCCCGUCCAUCCCAGCCACCUUCCUCGACGCCAUGGAGGUGCGGCAACGGGUCUUUGUCGAGGAGCAAAAGGUGCCCGCGGACGCCGAGUUCGACCAGGACGACGCGCGGUGCUGCCACUUCGUCGUCUACGCCAGCGUCAACCAGACCGUCGAGCCCGAGGAGCGCGACGCCGCGGGCAACGUGGUCAAGCCGCGCCGGAGCGAGUCCCGGAGCCAGCCCGUGGGCACCGUCCGCAUCGUGCCGUUCCCGCACCCGCCGCACCCGGACCCGGGCGCCGCGUACGCCAUGCGGGACGGCAGCUUUGUCAGGAUCGGCACGAUGGGCGAGGACGGCACGGUCGUUCCCGCCGAUUCGGAGCGCGGGCAGCGCGAGGUCGGGGAGGAGGACGCGCUGCCGAACUUUGUAGAGGACAGGCGCACCACGUUCCACGACGGCAAGGAGCCGUACGUCAAGCUGGGACGACUAGCAGUUGUCAAGGAGUACCGGCGCCACAAGCUGGGCCGCCUUCUGGUGACCACUGCACUAGAGUGGAUGAGAGAACACCCGACGUAUUUCAACCCCAGCGUCGCAACUAUGGGAUUUGAACAGUUGGGAAUUGAUAAAGCGAGUGAUAUUCCCAAGUUCAACGGCCUUGUGUGUGCCCAUGCGCAAACACAGGCUUCGACGGCCUGGAAGAUGAUGGGGUUCGUGGUAGACGAGGGCAUGGGCAGUUGGUGGGAAGAAGGCAUAGAGCAUGUAGGCAUGUUCAAACGAUUGCAGGUUACACCUGAGCAGCCACUCCCGGUGUGA